AUGGAACCAAGCAUAGAGAAAAAGUUAGGUGUUGUUUCAUUUGAAACUAGAGAGGAUAAGAAAAAAUAUAGAUCCAAAAAGAGAAAGGAGAGAAAGAUCAAACAAGAGAAAGGUGAAAAGGUUAAAAGAGUUUAUAAACAAGAUUAUCAUAGCAGUAGUGAAGAUGAAUCAGAUAGCCAAGAUGAAUCAGAAGAUAGUUACUCUGAUUCGAGUAGUUCAGAGUCAGAGGAAGAAGAACAACCUAAAAAGAAACAACAAAAGAAACCAACACAAGGAGAGAAACAAAACCAACAAAAGAAUGACCCAGACAGAUUCUCUAAUAUUAUGGAAUCUAUUUUGAGAAAGGAACCAGCUAUUGUCAAGAGUGGAGGUGCACCGAUUCUUUCAAAGUACAAAAAGAAAAAGACAGAGGAUGAAGCAGACCAAGAAGAGACCAAGAAGAAGCAGAAAAAGAAGAGACAAGAAAAGGAUAUGGUUGAAAGUGUCAGCCACAAAAAGAUCGAUGUCUUGAUCACCUCUGAAGAGCGUGAAAAGAUGCGUGUUGCCAAACGUGGUGUCAUCAAACUCUUUAACGCCGUUGCCAAACAUCAACUUGAAAAUCCAGUUGUCGAUGCUGACCUUGACGAUGAAAUCGAUCCACAAAAGGAUGAAAUGACCAAAAACCAAUUUUUAUCAAAGUUAAAAGACAAGAAAUCAACAGACUCUAAAACCACCAACAACAAGAAACAAAAUGUAAAGAAAGAAAACAACAAUGGAUCAUCUUGGGAUGCAUUCGAUGAAGAUUUAAUGAGUAAUCCAAAGAGUAGUCAAUGGGAGGAAUAUGACAACAAUGAAUAA